UUUCAGGACUCCGGCCGGGCUCGCAGUCCCCCAACCCGAUUACCCGAACGACAAACUCGAGUUCCCCUUGUCGCCGACCGGCCGGCGACCACCGUCUUCGAUGGCCUCGGACUCGGAGACGCCUGCUAGACGCUAUCGCCGGCUCCGGAAGGCCUCUGACCUACCCACCGUCGCCGCCGCCUCGCCCUGCAAACGGAUGCGUGCGGGCAAGGAAUACAACAGUUAUGAGGACAGGAUCAGCACCUUACCAGAGGAGAUACUACUCAUCAUCGUCCGCAAGCUAGACACACGCACAACAAUAACAACCAUCAUCCUUUCGAAGCGAUGGCGUGAUCUUCCUCGAUGUUUGCCAACAUCCUAUAACCUCGCUGCUGAUGACCUCCUCCCACCACGCUACCACCGCCUGAAGCGCCUUACCAUUGAGGCUAAGGCAGCGUACGAGGCAGAGAAGAAUGUGCACAAGCUGACUGACAUCUAUGCCAUCAAGGCUCGGCAUGAGCGUUGGAUGACCAAGAUCAGACCACUCACAGCCAUCCUAGAACGCUACGAGCGUCGGGCCAUGCGACGCUAUGUCAAGCAGGUGAAUGCAUUUCUUCUGGCUCCAAAGGAUGUGCGUCAACGCCGGCCUGUCCAGAAGCUGAGACUCCAAAUGCUAGGGCGUUGGCAUCAGAAUAUUGAUGAAUGGAUCACCACAGCCAUUGCCAAGUGGGAUGUUGAGGAUUUUGAGCUUGUUGUUGAUGGCUACUGCCUGUACUAUGACCUCAAGCAGCUGGAUGCAUACCGGAACUUGCGGCUCAAGCGGCUUGCGCUGUCCAAUUGCCAGGGUAUUUGUGCAUGGAACUGCCUGACAGCAAAGAGGCUCACCAAACUCUCAUUGGGUGAAGCUUCAUAUAUUGGAUUGGUCAAUGAUAUUCUUGCAAACUGUGUGCAGCUAACUGAUUUCAGGGUCGCAUCUUCAAGUUUUUACCGAGCUAAAUUUCUUAUCUUUGCCCCAUCAUCAAAAUUAAAGAAUCUACAAGUGGACAGGUGCAACUUUGGGAAAAUCUGUCUGAUCUCGCUACCUUGUCUUGAAACUUUUGUUUGCCGCGGUCGCCCUACCAAGUUAUCCUAUGGUGAGGUGCCUCAGCUCAGGCGUGUGAGCUUGGACUACUUACAAACUGAGGAUAACGACAUAGAUGAUGAAUCUGGUUCCAGGAGGACAUAUCCACCGAGCAAAUUCUUCAAAAGGACCCCGCAACUAGAUUGCCUUGUUCUGCAGUUUAAAGGGACCCAGAUGUGGAUCGAACCAUUUGCUGUUCUCAGCGAGUUCAGUCAGCUCAAGAAGCUGUUCAUCGCAAAUGUCCCGGCGAACUGGGAUGUACUAUGGAUUCUCCUACUGCUCGAUGCAACACCAGCCUUGGAGUCAUUCCAUGUUCAUAUUGACAACAGCUCAGAAGAGAGAAGUGCUGGUGAUCUCUGCGCCAGUCUGGACGUUGGUGCACGGCAGGAUCGGUACCGUCGUCUGAAGGAGCUUGUCGUGGCCGGCUUCGAAGGACUAGGAUGGCAAACCAGCUUUGUCAGGCUGAUCAUGAAGAGAUCACCAUUGCUGAGGCGUGUUCACCUGCUCGACGGGCAUGUCAGGGACGACGAGCAGGAGCUUGGGGCGCUGCAGAUCGUCCCACACCGCCGAGAGUGGCACGAGUGCGAGUGGGCUGAGGUGCUCGAUGACCUCACGGCUGGGUUUCGCUGGCCGCCUCAAAUAAUUCUGGAAUGAGUUGGAGGGCUUCUUUCUUGUUCCAAUAAAAUUGGUUUAAAUUAAGAAGAAUAUCCGUAUAAUGUGUGUGCGCCUUGUGAGUUGUGACUUCGCUUGACUAUGCAAAGGAUGCAGCUAAAUGCUCCGGUUCCAUGGCUGUUUACAAAACCGUGUGAUCAUGGGGAGAUGUUAUGUAAAAAAGGAAGGAAAAUAAAAAAGAGCAUUAUUGUGACUA